AUGGCCGCCACAAAUGGCCACACCGUCCCCAAGGUGACAUUCAAACAUCCUCUGGAUCAGUUGAGUGUCGACGAAGUCAACGUUGCGCGACAAGCAGUUCUUGACGCUCGCAAGGCUGCCAUCGUGUUCCGCAACAUUUUCACUGUUGAACCAGCUAAAGCCGAGCUGAUUAAGUUCCUCGCCGCUGAGCAUGCCGGUACUCUCUCGUCUGGCACACCCCGGCCUCCUCGCCAGGCUCGUGUUCAGUAUGACGUCGUGUUUGAGGAUCGACGCCACGAGUACAUGGAAUCAGUGAUCGAUGUUGCCUCAGGCAAGGAAGUCGAGCACAAGCGGGUGCCUCCGACUUCCCAGCAAUCUCUGACCUUGGAUGAAUUUAAGCAAUUCAAUGACGUGUGCGUGGAAUCAGAGAUGUUCAAGAACGCUGUCAGAGAGCUCAACCUUGAUGAGAAAUUCGAGGUGGCUAUUGACCCAUGGCCUUACGGCGGUCCGGAUGUCGGAGAGGUCACCCCGAGAUAUACCCAAGGUCUAUGCUUCGCUAAGCUACGAAACGGCAACCCAGAUAGCAACCAUUAUGGGUUCCCUCUACCCAUUAUUCCAGUGAUGGACACUUACAAGCAGGAAAUCGUUCGGAUCGACCGUCUAGCUACUGGUGGCACCGAGGACGGCCUCAACUAUGGCACAACCGGCAAAAACGUCCUCGAACAUUGUAAACCUGCUGAAUACGUCCCAGAGUUGCUGGAUACUCCUCUCCGCAAAGACCUGAAGCCCUUGAACGUGAUCCAGCCGGAAGGCCCAUCAUUCACCGUCAGUGACGACUCUCUGGUCGAAUGGCAGAAAUGGAGGUUUCGAGUUGGAUUCACUCCCCGUGAGUGCGCCGUUCUUCACGAUAUCCACUACGACGGCCGGAGUGUGCUCUACCGCUUGAGUUUGUCCGAGAUGACUGUUCCGUAUGGCGACCCUCGACCUCCAUUCCAACGGAAGCAGGCUUUUGACUUUGGCGACGCUGGUGCAGGUAGAGCUGCGAACAAUCUUGCCCUUGGUUGCGACUGUCUGGGCGUCAUCAAAUACAUCGACGCAAUGCUGGUUGACACAGAAGGCAAACCCUCGGUGUCAAAGAACGUCGUCUGUAUCCAUGAGCAAGAUAACGGAAUUGGUUGGAAACACACCAACUUCAGAACCAACCGAGCUGUGGUGACCCGAUUGAGAGAAUUGGUUGUUCAGUUCAUCAUUACAUUGGCAAAUUACGAGUACAUCUUUGCCUACAAGUUCGAUCAAGCUGGAGGCAUCACAAUCGAGACUCGAGCCACCGGAAUUGUCUCGGUGGUCAAUAUUGACCCUGGCAAGGUUAGCCCUUAUGGCAAUGUCGUAUCCCCUGGCGCCCUUGCCCAAAACCACCAGCACAUUUUUGCCGUUCGAAUCGAUCCCGCGAUCGAUGGCCAUUCAAACACCAUUCUCACUGAAGAAUCCCUACCUAUUCCUAUGAACCCGAAGACGAACCCGCAUGGCAACGGGUACGAAAUCCUCCGCAACCCUGUCACCAAAUCAACAUCCAUCCACGCCUCCCCUUUCACAAACCUGACCAUCAAAAUGACCAACCCGAACAAGGUCAACCCCGUCUCCCAACGACCAGUUUCAUACAAGUUCAUUCCCACUCCGUCCCAGUUAAUCCUCGCAGACCCAGGGUCGAUCGCCGCCAAGCGUGCAGCCUACGCCCAUCACCACGUGUGGGUGACCAAAUACCGGGACAAUGAAUUAUUUGCAGCAGGAGAGUUCACAAAUCAGUCACAGCUCGAAGUGGGCGGUGUGGCGGACAUGGCGGCGCGCAACGACGACGUGGAGAAUGAGGAUGUUGUUGUCUGGAACGUCUUUGGUCUUACACACAAUCCCCGUGUGGAAGAUUGGCCCGUGAUGCCUGUGGAAAUUCACCAGGUUCACUUGCGCCCAGCGGACUUUUUCGUGAGAAACCCGGCCUUAGAUGUCCCGGGCCGCAAGAACGUCGCUAGCGUGGAGGUCGGAAGAGAAGCGAACGGUGAAUGCUGUCAUGCGAACGGGAAUGGAUCGGUACAAGCUACUCCAACUUCGCAUCUGCAAGGUGCCGGAAGCACGCCUGUUGCAGAAAUUAAUAGGCAUUAG